ACGUGACAAAACCACCGAUUAUUCCAAACUUCCUCUGCAUUUUCCGAACAACCAACCUAGUAGUUCUUUUGUUGUUAUUUCAUUGAUUCCAUUGUUUUCUUCUCUUACUUUGAUUCCAAUUCCCAAACUCUCGUUACCUUCGCCCUUUUCAACCUAAAUGGCUUCGAUGAGUUUCACCAUGGAUUCAGUUUCUGUGUUAAACCCUAAACUCAGUCUCAACCACACCCAUCUCUCUCAUUCUCCAAACUUUCAUCCUUUACUCAAACAUCGCCACACCACUUUCAAACUUUCCCUUCCUCGUUAUGCCCUCAAUCAACGCACCAAACCUUUAACCCUCGUUUUCGCUGCUUCUACGCCUCAACAUGACUCUGAUCAUGGUGAAAUUGAGGUAGAGAAGGGGAAUGAUGUUAGUUCUGAGGAGGAAUCACAGGAAGCAUGGAAGCAGGCUUUGGAUACAUUCAAGGAACAAGCUUUGAAGCUACAAGGGGUUUCUCAGGAGGCUUAUGAAGUGUAUUCUAAGAAGGCCAUUGUGGUUUUGCAAGAUACUUCAGAACAGUUGAAGAUACAGGCUGAUAAGGCAAGGCAUGAUUUGAGUGUUGUGGCGAAGGAAAUCACCGAAGAAGGAAAAGAGUAUUUCUCUUCUGCUGCUGAGAAUUCACCUGAGGUGAAGGAAAUUGUGGAAACUUUUACUUCCCCAGAUGAUGAUCUCAGCAAAGUUUCUGGAGUUCGGGACUUUUAUGUUGGUAUACCCUAUGGUUUGUUACUAUCUGCGGGUGGCUUCCUUUCCUUUAUGAUAACAGGAAGCAUUGCAGCAAUAAGGUUUGGGGUGAUUUUAGGUGGUGUCCUAUUGGCUUUAAGCAUUUCAAGUCUGAAAUCAUAUAAAAAGGGGCAGCCCUCAUCUCUAGCUUUGAAGGGCCAGACAGCUAUAGCAGGUAUCUUGUUUCUGCGUGAGAUCAGCGUAUUAGGCAGAGGAUCAACUUAUUUCACUGCUUUGAUCAGUGGUGCGGUAGCGGCAUUUUAUGUCUAUAGACUGGUUUUAGAAGGUAAACCACAAAAAGGUUCAAACUUUGAAGGUGAAGCAGGAAACUAGUUCAGUGAUAAGUGUUGAAUCGAAGAUCUUCGUGAAGAUCAGAUAAAAAGACCAAAGAUCUGCAUGAAGACUGUCAUAGUAAAUUUUUGGUGAUUAUUUAUUUCUUUGGUAUUCACAGGCCGGGUCGUCAUGACUCGUUGCUGAUGGUUAGGAUUAGUGGUUCAUGGGUGGAAAAAUCGAGCCUGGAAAAUCAUGAUAUUGCUUUAGAAGUACUCUAGUGUAUUAUUAUGAUGAUUUAUGAAUGAACUACAUUUUGGGUGAGAUAUUAUGAACGGGUUUUAUUUAUUUUUGAAAAUUA